CGCCGCCCUGACGUGAGUCUUUUUACAGGUUGUCAGGCUGCUAACGGCCUCCGUUCCAGACGACACCUAGCAGCAUUAGUUAUUUUUAAAGAACAUGAAUAUCAGACGCCGCCGAGGCACAGCAGCAGCUUGAACUCGGAGCGCAUCUCCAUCACGUAAAGGAUGAACAGCAGUAAUGAUGAAUCUGGUGGGAACUCUGACGAGACAUUCUCAGAGACGGAAAUGCCACUGUCAAUCAAUGAUGAAGAACUCAAAAAAGCAGAAGAACAGCUGGAAUUUUGGAAGUCCCGAUAUGAGAAAUGUGACACAGAAAAAUCAAGACUGCUAUUAGAUAAACUAAGUACUGAAGACAGUAAAAGGAAAUCCCAAGAAGAGCUGUGUCGACUUCUUGAAGAAAAAGAGCGUCUCUCAAAACUCAUAACUGCAAAUAAGGAUAACUGCAAGAAAGAGCUGCAAUACAUAACAGAAGAGAACAAUAAAAUAAAACGGGAAAAUCAGGAGCUCAGAGAAAAUCUUGCAUUACAGAACACAGAAUACAGCCACUUAAAACAAAAGUUCAUGAUAGAGGCUGAGAUUCCAGAGAAAAAAGUCAAGUUUACAAAAGUAGAAAAAGAGAUUGCAGCAAACAGACUGGAAGAUGCUUGUAUGCGCAUUGAUGCCCAAUUCUCCCUUCAUCAGAAGCCUGCUCUUGAAAUUCAGGGAGGACAAGCUCUCAUUACAUUUGAAGAAGAAAGUGUUGCUGAGAAAAUCUUGAAACUUCCUAAAUGUGUAGUGACUCUCCCAAGUGGCAAAGUGGAUGUGAAGCCCUCCUCUGUUUCAAUAAACUCUGCAGUAAAAUUUGAGAUAAACUACAUUAUUUCACGGAAGCAGCUAGUAGUCCGUGAUAUUCCUGGUGUCCUUGAAGAUGACAGAAUGAAAGACAAAAUAGAGAUAAGCUUCUCAAAACCCAGCCAGGGAGGAGGAGAAAUUGAAAAUGUGAAUUACAACAAACAAGAUGGAAUGGCUGUCAUUACCUUUCUGCAAACUGAAGUUGCUGAGCGCUUAGCCAAGAAAAGAAAAUAUACCUUGGAUUUAGGAACAAGGGUCUGUUCAGUUCCUGUCCAGUUGCACUACGAUGAGCAAAUAAAAAAGUUUCAGGCAUUUGGUGUUAAAUCCAAAAGGACGGUGCUGCUGUCUGGUAUCAACGAGCUAAUGGAUGAGGAAGAGUUACAAGACUGUUUAGAAAUUUACUUUCAGAAGCCCAUCAAUUCAGGUGGAGAAGUUCAGAACAUCAAAUAUGUUUCAAAAGGCAGUAGUCUUUAUGCCUUCUUUGAAGAAGAUGAUGUUGGAAAGGAACAAAAAUUGGAUUAAAGUGCAUUAUUAAUUUAAUUUCACUUAUAUUCAAGUGGUAGGUUUUCAAUAUUGGAUAUGUUGUUAAGCAGAUGCAGUAGAACCUCUUCUUAUGAUUGUCAUCUUAUGUGACAUUUCAAAGCAAUGUGUAUAGUGGAAAUUCACAGCCAAAUGUAUACAUAGACAAUCCUUUACAUUGCCCUUAAAAUAAUAAAAAUGGUUUAACCUGCACCCAUUGUUACGUGUGGUGUGUGUGGAUAUACACACCAUAUGCUGUACUGUAUAUAUAAUACAUGGGUAAUAUGCGUCAAUAUCUUUAAAUGCAAUAUACCCAUAUACAGUAUAGUUACUUUGCUAGCCACCUGGUCUCCAUGCUUUAAGUUACAGCAAACACUUCACCACAUUUCCAUUCAACAUAACCAGAGUCUAUAUAUUAUUUUAAAAAAAUGACAGUUGACGUCAACACUUGACCGUCAAGAUGCAAAUGGUGAGAAAGGCAGAAAAAUUAUAUGUGCUGCUUGGUGUAAGACUGUGGAGAACUCGAGAGGACUUCACCUUGUGCAGUAGUGUGAAAGAGAGGGGGAAUAGAGCAAGCACACUGGCACAACCCUCUCAUUUUCACCCUGCUGCAUGCCAGGGUGAGAAAGAGGGCGUGAGAGCACCGAGUGGAGUGGGUCUUGCUUCUUCUCAUCCCCAUCCCACUGUGAAGUGAGACGUUAAGGAAACAUGCUUUUCGCUGUUUCGAACAGCUGGAUACAGUGCUCAGCGGGCACUAUGCAGUAGGGUGCGUGUAUAGUAGUCAUCUUGUGCCCCUGUCUGCAACAGUAAAACAUGGCAAGAGUAGUUUGGAGACUUCAGGCCCUGGUGUUAGUCAGAGGGGAAUGCUAGAGUACUAGAGACGCUCAUACCACAGUGAGUGAGACAAAUCGACAAUAAGAGGAACACGGUAUGGAGAGAAAAAAAAAUAAUGCAUCAGCCCGUGCCAAGCCAAUUUACAUUUUUGCACUCUUUCUUUUUCAAUUUUUUUUUUGAGCAACUGUCAGUUUGCCUAAAUUGAUGUUCUACUGUACUGUACAGUUAUUAUCUAUUUUGAUAAUCUGAUAUGCAAUUUAUGUUGGGGUAUGUACUUGAAAUCAGUAUUGCUACCUGUUUUUGAAGUUUUGAUAAGGACAAAGAAUUAAUAUGUUACACAAUGAAUUACUUUCCUUUACUGAACUUACUAAUAAAUAUAUACUAUAUACA